UGUACACACAUUACCAUGCCCUAAUGUUGCAACAGUGCAACACUGGAGCUGAGGCCACUGAGUUUGUUCCUCGGCCUCGUAUUUUGUUAGUGGAGUGAAAGGAUGUUUUUACUUUAUAGCAUUACUGCAGAACGACAAUAGUGAACUCAUAAAUGAGCUACUACCUGGCUCCUUCUGCUGUGUGUUGCCUAAGUUCUGAGAUAACAGAAAAACGAGUACGCUACGAUACACUUUUAAUUAUUUCCAGCUCAGAUUUCUUGAACGCUUGACAGGGACUUUUUACUGUCAACUUAGAAGUUUUUCCACCGAAAAAAUAACAAUGCAGGGACUUAUAAAUAUCAGUCAAUAAAUGGGGGAAAGGAGUUGACGUACCGUGGGAGGAGUACACGAACGCACCACCAGACCUCACGGCUGUCAUGGCGUCUCCCUUGAAGGGGGUUUGGUACUAGAGAAAGUAGUGGAUGCCAUUUUUCAUUUUCUCUGCCGAGAAGAGCAGCUAACCCCGAUUGAAGAGGCUUUUAGGAUCGGGUACUCACCAUGGGUACUGUCCAUGCCAAGAGUCUGGAUCCUCUCCCGAUGCAUGGCCGAGACUGGGGCAUCAACCCUGAUGACUUGGUGGAGACUCCAGAACCAGAGCAGGAGGCCAAGCAGGAGAUCCUCGAAAACAAAGAUGUGGUUGUCCAACACGUAAACAUCCAGGGUCUUGGAAGAACUAAAGAGGAUCUUCUUGGCUAUGAGAUCUCUGAUGUCUUUCAUGCCAAAAACCUCAUUGAUGUGAUGAAGAAAGCUCACGUUGCCAGACAGAAGUUGCUUCGCCUGGGAAUCUUCAAUGAGGUGGAGGUUCUUAUCGAUACAUCUGAAGGUGCAGACGCUUUGCCCAAUGGUCUAGAUGUAACUUUUGAGGUGAUAGAGAUCAAGAGACUGACAGGAAGCUACAACACCAUGGUUGGCAACAAUGAAGGAAGCAUGGUAUUGGGUCUGAAACUACCCAACAUGUUCGGUCGAGCUGAGAAACUUACCUUCCAGUUCUCCUAUGGGACCAAGGAGACGUCCUACGGUCUGUCUUUCUUCAAGCCCCAGCCUGGACACUUUGAGCGCAACUUCACUCUCAACAUGUACAAAGUCACGGGUCAGUUCCCAUGGAGCUCCUUAAAAGAGACUGACAGAGGCAUGUCCGCCGAACUAAAUUUUCCUCUCGGGGUGACCAACCACACGCUGAAGUGGGAGGGUGUAUGGAGGGAGCUGGGCUGCCUGGCACGCAGCGCUUCCUUCGCCGUGCGGGAGGAGAGUGGACACUCUCUUAAAUCUGCACUCUUGCACACCAUGUCAGUUGAUUCAAGGAAUUCUGCCAUUUUCCCCAGCAGAGGUGCCUUAGUCCGGAUCAACCAGGAGCUGGCUGGGUACACAGGAGGAGACGCCUGCUUCUUGAAAGAGGAUUUUGAGCUACAGUUCAACAGACGGCUCUUCUGGGACUCGGUCUUGUCUGCUUCUCUGUGGGGUGGAAUGCUUUAUCCCAUUGGAGGACAACCGUCCUGCAUCGCUGAUAGGUUCUACCUUGGAGGUCCCACCAGUGUACGAGGAUUUGGGAUGUACAGUAUCGGGCCACAAAGUGAAGGUGAUUAUUUGGGUGGAGAGGCGUACUGGGCAGGUGGCCUGCACUUCUACACCCCUCUGCCCUUCAGACCAGGCAAGGGCGGUUUCGGAGACCUUUUCAGGACACAUUUCUUUCUCAAUGCUGGCAACCUCUGUAACCUCAACUAUGGUGAUGGUCCCCGGGCACACCUUCAGAAGCUAGCUGAGUGUAUUCGCUGGUCAUACGGAGCGGGCAUCGUGCUGCGGCUUGGAAACAUCGCCAGACUGGAGCUCAACUACUGUGUACCCAUGGGAGUUCAGAGUGUAGACCGGAUAUGUGAUGGUGUCCAGUUUGGAGCUGGAAUUCGCUUCCUGUAACCUCAUCACUACACUGAUCUCAGUCCUCCAGCAGAGGCUGUGCUGUGAAAAGGGAGAACGUCUUGUUGUUUGUCACCUGUAAUUUGUUGUAGAAUAUGUAAUACUAGCAUGAGAAAUGUGCCCGAGCCCCCCCAACCCUCAUUUGAUACACCCUGCUUUGAAAGACAAAGUUCCAGUGCUGGGCUGUACGACUAGUGCAGAUUUUUACAAACUGAACUGAGUCGAAAAGUAACCAGAUAAAAGAUUUCUUUAGCAGCAAGCAUAAGACAUGAAAACAACUAUGGCUAAAAUACAAUUAUAAUGCAUCCUUUACAAAUUCUAAGCAUAUCAGUAGUUCUUCUCUUCAGUAGACUAUUGAAAUAUGGCUUUGCUAAUUUGAUUAACUGUUUAACUCCUUGUUUUGAACUCUCCAGCACUGGUGCAAUGUCUGUGGAAAAGUGAUCUUACAUUGAUUUCACCCACUGUUCCUAUGGUGACACAAAGUAAAUUAUUUACCUGAAUUUUAAAGAUAUUUUGGGCACGUUCCCUGUUUGCCUUCCAGGACUGCUUCUUAUCCAGGAGAAAAAAUAAUUUUGUUUGAGAGUUUAAUGUACACCACGCACUCUUCUGACCUGACGAGUUUGGUUGAGUUGUUCUGUGUGGUUGCCUGAUUGCACUAGCAGCGAGGCAAUGAACCAAGAGAAAUCAGCACCUUUUUAAUCCAAACAGCAGUGUAGGAAAGGAAUGGACCCUCUUGCCAGAGUAGAUUGUUCAAAGAUUGUUGUCUGAUGCGAAGAACGGCGGGUUGAUGUUCAUCUUCUGAGCAGGCAGCAGAGGUGGGACCCCCCCACGCCCAAGCAACAUCCACCACCAGUGCUCUUACCUGUAGUUCUGUUUUUGAUGUUGUUGAAGCUCUUCACAAAUAAAUCACAGUUGCUCCCCCUA